UAUAAUCUUAUUUAUUAAAGCGUUCCUAGUGAUUUGACAUGAAAUAAGUUGAUAUUUAGUGUAAGGUGAGUGAAAGUUGAAUUGGCAAGACUAUUGGUUUGUUUACAUGACCCUCAGGUGUGUCAGAAGAGUUGCGGCAGUGCCAGAAAUGUGUGGAGGUAGCCUGAGGACUAUGUAGAGAUGUCUGGUGUGCUGGAGAAGACCCUGAGUGGCCUGGUGCACAGUGUGUUUGGGGCCAGCAGCAGCGGCAGCGGUGGCGUGGCCAGGCAGGGUGCGGCCGCCCUGCCUGGCCUCAAGAAUGUCUCCCUCGGCCUCAUCCACUUUGUUGAGAAGCUUCAGGCUGCACAAAGGAUAUCAAAGCAGGAGGAGGAGCACUGUGUGGAGCGUGAGAGCCGUGAAUGGGUGAAGCUCCUCUCCUCCCCUGGUGUGAGCGGUGCGGUGGUGGCGGAUGUGCUGUGCCGCGCCCUGGUGGUGGCGGCACGUGGCUACUCCCUGCCCAGCCUCCACAUCCAUGCCAUCAAGCUGACACAGAGCACAAACAUACACCAAAAGAAAAUAGGGUACCUGUUUGUGAGUCAGUCCCUGGGGCCCGGGUCAGAGCUCACACUACUUCUAGUCAACACAAUCCAGCGUGACCUCGCGGCCCCCAAUGCCCUACACGUGGCAGCCUCCCUUGCCUCCCUGCCCACCGUGCUCACCCCAGACCUCACCCCAAGUGUCAUCCUCGCCCUCACUCACUGCCUUGCCCACCAGCAGGUGUACAUAAGGAGGCGUGCAGCAGCCAUGGUGGGUGUGGCAGCUGUCAGGUGUGGCCAGGAGCUGCAGGAGUUGGCAGGGGAUCAGGUGCCUCAUCUGCUGCACCUCCUCACAGACCAGGACCCGGCAGUGGCCCUCGCUGCAGUGUCCUCCCUGGCCAAAGUGUUCAAGAUGUGUAGUCAGAAGGCAGCUUUACAAGACCAGCUUGGGAGGAGUGCAUCUCACCUCCUUGUGCAGUCUCUCAACGGUGCGCUGCCCAAGGACUACCAAGUGAAUGCCCUGCCUGCUCCCUUCGUGCAGAUACAAAUGCUAAGGGUGUUGCAGCAGCUUUCCUCCAAGGAAUGGCAGGUGCCAGGGGAGGUGCUGGAGGCAGUGCAGCAGGUCCUGGGGCAGCCGUGGGGGGGCAAGGAGAUGGCCCUGUAUGCUGUGUUGCUGGAGUGUGUGUUUACCGUCACUGCACUGCCUCACCAUGACGAACUCACCCUCAAUGUGCUGAGAGUGGUGCUGGGGUUCCUGAAGAGCUCAAAUGUAGAUCUAAAGUAUGUUGGGCUGAAGGCUCUGGCCAAUGUGUUCUCUGUGCUGGAGGAGGCGCUCACCCCCGGCCACCUGGAGGCUGUGCUGGACUGCCUCUACCACUCUGACCAGAACCUGCAGGCCAAGACACUCAAGCUGCUGUGUUCCAUGGCCAAUGUAUACAACUACCAGGCUGUGUGCACCACCCUGCUGGAGUUCUCAGGCCGCAUCAAGGACGAGGUUACUCAGAAGAUCAUCAUAGGGGAGCUGGCAACCAUCAUCGGCCAGCAGUGCCAGGAUGCUGCGUGGUGUGUUGGCAUAGUGUCUCCUGUCGUCUUGGCCAAACCUGACCCUGAUAGAAGGCUUGUAGAUGCUCUGAUUCAAGUCAUGGAGAGAGGGUUUCAAAAUGAUCAGAGUUCUCAAGAAUGUAUGGAGGGCUCUCAGGAGUUGCUGUUGAAAGUGUUCAGCUAUGACUCCCUGCCAGAAGCCUUUGUCAUCCUGGUGGCCUCAGUGCUCAACCUCCACUACGGCAAGGAUCCCAGGCAGGUUUCCAAGUACUUCACCGACACCUUCCUGGAGAGGCUCAAGGACACCAGUCUGAGGGAGAGUGAUAUGGCAGUCUUCCAGUGCCUUAAAAACAUCGGACUCAAUGACGAAAGUGUCUGCCCAGAGAUCCUGUCCUACUUGGGGCCCUAUGCAGCCAGUGGGAGCUGUGACGUGGCACUGCAACAGAAGGCAAGUGAAAUCUGUCGGUGGCUGACCAAUCCCAGGCUGAGUCUGCAGAUCAUUCAGAGGCAAGAAGACAUCCUGAACCAAAGAAUGCCUCUAGACCUCACCCUCAGCUUCUUGGAUAGCUAUGUGGUGGAGAGUCUGGAGAAUGGUGCUGCCCCCUACAAGCCCUUCACUGAUGCCCCAAGCCACACCACACAGGAUGGUCCUGAUGCCCAGUGGGGGAGUGGCACCACGGCCGCCACCACCAGCACUGGCUCUGAGGACGCCCACUCGUCCAGCAGCAUCAGUCUCACCUUCACUAGUCACGGCAGCAACCUGCUUCCUAACAGAGGCAGCAUCAUGAGCAGCAGCAGCCUGGUGGUGCCGAGCCGCAGGGUGUGGAGCACCACAGGUCGCAUCCGCCAGGCGUCAGAGGGCGAGGACUUGAACCGAUCCCGCUGUGACCCGACUGCACCCCAAGAGGGCCUGGUGACCACACUCCUCAGGGCUGGGGAGGAGGAGGAUGAGGACGAGGUGACGGAGGGGAGUGUUGAGUUGGCAGAUGAGGCGCAGGAAGACCAGGGGGAGGCGGAGCAGGACAAGAUCCCUGACUCGCGUUCCCAGCUGACUCAGGCACUGCUGGCUGGUCUCGGCAUGGCCAGGAUUAAGUAGUUGCCGACUCGUCCCUCUCUCUCUCUCUGUGUGUGUGUGUGUGUGUGUGUGUGUGUGUGUGCAUGUGUGUGCGUGCGUGCGUGCAUGCAUGCGUGUGUGUGUGUGUGUGUGUGUGUGUGUGUGUCCUGGCUUGCUUGAUGUACUGUUACUUAAUGGUUUUAAGACAAGUGUGGUUUUCUAGUGACUUGCCAUUACACGAUGUGGAGUACCUCUGUUAUACGAGGCAUCUGCUUGACAUUACCUAAUUUAUGGAGAACUUAAAUAAUAUUUUUACAUGAUUAACAUAAGGGAUUUUCUUUGUGUAAUGUUGUUUUAAUUAAAUUUAUAAUAUAU